AUGACGCCGAGCGCGCGACACAUCGAGCGACGGGGGACCAACGUCGCGAUCGCGGGUGGGUUACUCGCGUUUUGUCUCGGGACGUACGCGUACACCAUGCGCAAGGUUCGCACGGACGAGGUGGACGACGAACUCGAUCGACGCGCGGGGAAAGGGGCGCGAUGA